UUAAGAUCAGGGCGUAUCCGCUCUCUGGGAAUCAGGAAACACGUUGAUGUCUGUAAGAAGUCCCUCCCGUCGUUUGGUUUGGUUUUGACCACGGUUGCGCCACGGCCGCCUGUCAGAAGCGUCACCGGCAGCCCACCGGCAAAGCUGUGGUCCUGUCCGUCAAUGGCUAAUCCAACCGUCUCUACACUGGGUCAAACAGUCACUGGAAAAGGUGAAGGUGAAGCAGGGGGGGCCAACCCAGACUAUAUUGCCUUCGUCCUGGUGCCCGUUUUCUUCCUCUUGGGCCUGCUGGGGGUGGUUAUCUGCCACGUGCUGAAGAGGAAAGGCUACCGGUGCACCACUGAGGCCCAGGAUGACAAUGAGGAGGUUUUUGAAGAAGGGGGAGAAAAGGAUCCUGAACUGGGUGGAGAGCUGAAUGACACCCUCAGUGACAACAAUGACACAGUCGGACAGAUUGUUCGCUACAUCAUGAAAAAUGAAGCAAACUCGGACGCCCUGAAAGCCAUGGUCCAUGACAACAGCAUUGAUUCUGAUGGUCCUCCACUCACCCCAACCUCCCCCAGCACCAUGACCCCUCCGAUGACUCCCAUAUCACCGGGGGCACCCCCAGAAGCAGCCAAGCACACCUGCAACCACCUGCACACCAUCGGUGGCCCCGGCGGCCACAAGAACAUCUGCACCCGCUGCAGCCAGAAGAAAUGGCCGCUGAUGAGGAAGCCGUCGGUGCGUAAGGCCGAGCAUCGCCGCAGCCACCACGGAGAGGUCACAGUCCUGGCUGUCGGCAGGUUCCGGGUGACAAAAUGUGAAAAACCAGCCAGGGAGAGGCGGACCCUACUAAUAUCAGACUCCAAUGGGAGUGUCCCUACAUCACCCACAGAUGUGGAGCCCAAGAGUCGGACGACGUCUGAGUCCCAGCAGGUGCAUACAGACAACUUGAACAAAGAGAAAUGUUAAAAAAAACCCAGCUUUCCAAAGAGAGGAGAGAAGCAACAUCUGGACACUUUUUAAACCCAACGGAGAACAUUAUAACAUCAGCACAGGAGGAUAAAAAAGCGGGAGAGUCCAUCCGGGAAUCGUCCCUCCACAUUCUACUUCCACAGGGAGUGAAAUGUGCUGCCGAUGAAGACGACAGUGUUUAUUUUACAAGUUGAAGGGGGUAAGGUGUGUCUAGCUGUGAUAAACUCCAUUUCCUCCAAUAAUAGAUUUACAGUAGUGCCUUGCUCAAGGGCGUUUAGGCAGGUCAACUGCUUGAUGUCAAGGAACCCUGAACCAGGGUUCUCCCAGUAAACUAAGGGGAUAUUACUCAGCAUGCUGAUGUGGUCCAUGAUGUAUGUUCGUACGUUUUUGCAUGUCAUCAACCAGUUAAUUUAUAAAACUACACUCCCAGGAACAGGUACAGCCAGUCCGAGAUAAAGCUGUAGGUAGUCAUUCCCAAACAGGAAGAAGGAACAACCUAAUACAGUAGUCACAGAGCCAGGAAAUAGACUGGAGCAUUAGUCAAUGUGAUAAGAGCAAAGCAACAGUAAUCACAUCCUGUAAUGUCAUGAACAUGAUGUCAACGUGUUCCCUGUUGUCAGCAUGAUUAAGUAUCUUUGCUGCACGUGUUAUAAGGUCAGUGUGUCUGCUUUUCAAAUUUAUAAUCUAAUUUCUUAGUGUUGAACUUCCAGUCUGACCUCUAAUAAUAAAGAAGAACAUGCAGUCAUCUGCGUCAAACAACAAAUUAGACACAGGCUGCUCACUGAAUGUUUUCUAUAAAAGCUACAAGUGACAGUAUUAUUUUGCCAUGAACAGCAAACCUUAAAGCUGCAUCAAUUGUUUAAAUUUUUUUUAAUU